AACAUUAGCUUAUCACCGACGGGGUCAAACGCAUAUUCGUUACUUGCAUUACAAGCUGAGGCCAGUUUUUCUCCACACGACCUACUUUUCUGGGUCUAAACAUUCCUGGGACCGUGGAUAGUUUCAAGACUCUCCGGUUUGGUGGAUCGCAGUUCCAUCACCAUCAACACCGGCGUUCUGUGAUGGGUCGAAGUCGCACCGAUGUGUAGAUAUAUAUAGCCCGUGUUUCAAGGUAUAUAGACUGCAGCAUGUCGGGUUCCUUGAAAGGUCUCGUUGCCUUGGUAACGGGUGCAACAAGUGGCAUUGGUCUUGGAAUCGCGCACAGCCUGGCUAAGCGGGGCUGCAGCAUCGUUGUGAAUGGACUCGGGGAUGCAAAGGUGUUCGAGCAACUCAAGGAGGACUUUACUAAGCAACACGGUGUGGAUACACACUUUUCAGGCGAGGAUCUCGCGAAUCUGAGCGAGAUACAGAAACUACACAACGAUGUCCUUAAACUCUACCCGAAAGGACUGGAUAUUCUGGUAAAUAAUGCAGGGUUCCAACAUGUGUGCCCUGUUGAGAGUUUCCCGACAGAGAAAUGGGAUUCCAUGAUUGCGGUGAUGCUGACGGCACCGUUCCACCUGACUCAGCUAUUCCUGCCGCACAUGAAGGUCAAAGGAUGGGGGCGCAUCAUUAACAUGUCUUCGUGUCAUGGUCACGUGGCUUCAGCCAACAAAUCAGCGUACGUCUCCGCAAAACAUGGCAUCAUUGGGCUUACCAAGACGGUUGCCAUAGAGACGGCUGGUUCCGGUGUCACGUGUAACGCCAUCUGUCCUGGUUAUGUUGAAACACCGUUGUUUAUGAAGCAAGCUGAGGAUAGAUCUCGAGACCAGGGAAUCACAUUAGAACAAGCAAAGGCUCAAAUUGUCGGCGUCCAUGCCUCCAAACAGCCAGUCAAGCUGGAGCAUAUCGGUGAAAUGGCAGCAUUCCUGUGUUCCCCCGCGGCUGACCAGAUGACCGGAGCGUCCCUCGUUGUGGACGGAGGAUGGACAGCGCAGUGAAUUAUCUGUCAAAGAAACUGUUCUGUUUUUGGACAUUGGAAGUUUCUCUGCGAGAAAAUAAUCCAACGGAAUGGUGAAUGCGGAAGUGACAUACGUGGUUUAAGUGAUGCGAGA